GCCCGCCGCGGAUGCUGCCCGCAGCCCGGGGGCCAGGCCCGCAGCGCCCCGCGCCAGCUCUCAUGGUACCAAGUGACAGGUCGGCCUUCCUGUGACACGGGGACGCCAGAUCUUCUGAGAAGAUGUCAGCGAUACAGGCCGCCUGGCCGUCCGGUACAGAAUGCAUUGCCAAGUACAAUUUCCACGGCACUGCAGAGCAGGAUCUUCCCUUCUGCAAAGGAGAUGUGCUCACCAUUGUGGCUGUCACCAAGGACCCCAACUGGUACAAAGCCAAGAAUAAGGUGGGCCGUGAGGGCAUCAUCCCCGCCAACUACGUCCAGAAACGUGAGGGUGUGAAGGCGGGCACCAAACUCAGCCUCAUGCCCUGGUUCCACGGCAAGAUCACGCGAGAGCAGGCAGAGCGGCUUCUGUGCCCACCAGAGACAGGCCUGUUUCUGGUGCGAGAGAGCACCAACUACCCCGGGGACUACACGCUGUGUGUGAGCUGCGAAGGCAAGGUGGAGCACUACCGCAUCAUGUACCACUCCAGCAAGCUCAGCAUCGACGAGGAGGUGUACUUCGAGAACCUCAUGCAGCUGGUGGAGCACUACACCUCGGAUGCGGACGGACUCUGCACUCGCCUCAUCAAACCAAAGGUCAUGGAGGGCACGGUGGCCGCCCAGGACGAGUUCUUACGUGGCGGCUGGGCGUUGAAUAUGAAGGACCUGAAGCUGCUGCAGACCAUCGGGAAGGGGGAGUUUGGAGACGUGAUGCUGGGUGAUUACCGAGGGAACAAAGUCGCUGUCAAGUGCAUUAAGAAUGACGCCACCGCCCAGGCCUUCCUGGCUGAAGCCUCGGUCAUGACGCAACUGCGGCACAGCAACCUGGUGCAGCUGCUGGGUGUGAUCCUGGAGGAGAAGAGCGGGCUCUACAUCGUCACUGAGUACAUGGCCAAGGGGAGCCUGGUGGAUUAUCUGCGGUCGCGGGGUCGGUCGGUGCUGGGCGGAGACUGUCUCCUCAAGUUCUCGCUAGAUGUCUGUGAGGCCAUGGAAUACCUGGAGGGCAACAACUUCGUGCACCGGGACCUGGCUGCCCGAAACGUGCUGGUGUCCGAGGACAACGUGGCCAAGGUCAGUGACUUUGGCCUCACCAAGGAAGCCUCCAGCACCCAGGACACGGGCAAGCUGCCGGUCAAGUGGACAGCCCCCGAGGCCUUGAGAGAGAAGAAAUUCUCCACCAAGUCUGAUGUGUGGAGUUUUGGAAUCCUCCUCUGGGAAAUCUACUCCUUUGGGCGAGUGCCUUAUCCAAGAAUUCCCCUGAAGGACGUCGUCCCUCGGGUGGAGAAGGGCUACAAGAUGGACGCCCCCGACGGGUGCCCACCCGCGGUCUACGACGUCAUGAAGAACUGCUGGCAUCUGGAUGCCGCCACGCGGCCCUCCUUCCUGCAGCUGCGGGAGCAGCUGGAGCACAUCAAGACGCACGAGCUGCACCUGUGACCGCGGCCGCAGGGACUGGCCCGGACAGACUGUGGACCUGGUGCCUGCGCUGGGGCUCUGUGCUCCGUCCCAGCCCGUGCCCCCUCCGGCCCCCGGGGGCCCCACCCAGGCCUGGCAGCUUCUUACGGACCCACCGAAGGGCCUGAAGGGAGGAGGCCGAGGAGCGGAAGGCAGACGCCCCCACGUGGCCAGGCUGCUCCGGCCUCCCUUCUCACCUUCUUAGAGUUUUAUUCCUUUCCUUUUUUGAGAUUUUUUUCCGCGUGUUUAUUUUUUAUGAUUUUUCAAGAUAAGGAGAAAGAAAAUACCCUGCAAAUGGGCAUUUUACAAGAAGUACGAAUCUUAUUUUUCCUGCCCUGCCCAUGAGGGUUGGGGAGGCCAGGCCCCUCUCUAGGGACCCAUCGCCCCAGCCUUGUUCCCCAUUCCGUGUUCGUGUCCCGUGUCGCCUCGGUCGCCCCGUGUUUGCGCUUGACCGUGCUGCACUGUUUGCAUGCGCCCGGGCAGACGUCUGUCAGGGGCUUGGAGCUCGUGUCCGCUGCCGCCCGCCCACCUGCCUUGUGAGAUGGACCCGUAAUAAACCACUCCGUGAGGACACCGCUGCCCGGCCUCGGCGCUUCCUCCGCCGAGC